CCUCGUGCUACUGAUCCAGCCGUAUGGACCGGUGCUGUCUUGGAGACUGAUAACUUCCAAUGAACUUGUAGCAAAUAGAUUGGGCUUCCUCUUUUUCUUCAGAGCGCCUCUUGUCAUGAGAAGCCCCAUAUAGAUACUUGGCCCUCCUUCCCAAUUUUCUCAAGCUGCAGCACUCGCUGUUUGGAACCGGCACAUUUGAAGCAUGGUGAUCUCACAUGUCAUAUAGUUGACUCCAGUCACUCUAAGAUCCCUGGCCUAGACGAUCUGAUUGUCACUGUCGCCUUUGUUCGUUCUUUGCCCACUCCUCAGUCGCUCCUUGUUCUUCCUUCUAGCCGUUCCUUGAGCAUCUUUACGGACUGAGAUGCGCUGAGAACUCCCACAUCAGUUCCGUCGUGCUAAGUCAAAUCCCGAUCUUGCUCGACCUUGACAAUGUCGGCUUCAGACGAUCACCCUGACGGGUUGCCCGUUGCCGUAUCUUAUCUGGCAGGCUACAUCUUUCUCUCCUACGUUGUCAGCACGAUGGGGUGUGCGACUACCCUCGAACUUCUUCACCGACGGACGUCGAAGUCCGGCUUAUAUAACUGGUACCUUCUGUUCACAUCCUCAGUAACCAUGGGCGGCAUCGGCAUCUGGUGCAUGCAUUUCAUUGGCAAUAGAGCAAUCGUCCUCGGUGAUGGAGCACCCCAAAUCCAGAUUGUGUAUAGCGUGACUUUCACAGGAGUUUCAUUCAUCCUUCCCGUGGUCGUCCUCCUUGCAGCUUUCUACGCGAUAGGAACCAGUGAAAAGGCUGGCUAUCUUCGUAUCAUUAUGGGGCUUGGCAUCGCCAAUUACCGAUGCAGCUACAAGGUUGCACAUAUAGUCGGAGCCGCAAUCAUUGCCGUCUUUGCCAGUACUGUUGGUCUGGGAAUCUUCUUUCGGUGGAGGGCUACAUGGACGAACAGUUGGUGGAGACGGGGAAUCUGUGGCUGCCUACUUGCCAUCGCUGUCUCUGGUAUGCACUGGACUGCUGCAGUUGGUACAUCUUACAAAAAACAUGAUCAAUCCGUCAAGCAAGGCGGCCAACUUUCACGAAGCCAAACUGUCAUUAUAUGUGCGGUCCUGGCAUGUGUUUCCUGCUCAGUUCUUUCAGCAUGUGCCAUCGCGGCCGGCGGAGACCGCAGACGAUCGAGAACAAAGGCGCGCCAAGUGGUCUUGAGCUGUGCCUUCUUCGACCCAGCCGGUAGAGUCAUGGUGACUCCGCAUGCAGGUCUUCCGAGUAGGAAAAUCGUGGAUCGUUAUCGCGGAAAGACGUUUAACGAUGACGACCUUACAAGAACGCAUUCGGCCUUCCUCUGGGCAUUCCGUGCAAGUCGAAACUGGAAACUCGUGACGGAUGUCGUUCCCUUUAUGAGAAGUCGAAUCGAGUCCGAGAAAGCUGCGAAACAGCAGUUCACCCCGCAAGGUGGAGCAACCGACGAGGACACGGAGAUGCAAGGCGAUUUUGACGGGUUCUUCAAACAACACUUCUGUGUAACCGCUCAGGACCUGGCCGAGGAACUGCGACAGCCUCUUCCGGACAUGGGCGUGCUGUAUGAUGACAUCCUGACCACUACGACACCAGUCUCGCGCUUUUCUCGAGCGAUGGGAUACUCUCGGCUCAGUGCCAAUAAGGGUCAGAUGAUGUUCACUGUCCGGCAAUUGAGUAAGCACGAAGCUGCCCGCCUAGCAGCAUCAGGGCUUCGAUUUACAGCAAUUGAGAACGUUAUCCCCGUGCUAUCUCGCCGUGUCCAUAUACCGUCCAUGACUUUGGCCGCUCAUCUCAGGGAUAUGCGAGACUAUGCCACCUCCGGUCGGAAUUUUGAACCAGGAGUUCAUUUGGUUUCUUUUGUCAUGCGCCCCACCGUUCAUGACAACUUCGAAGUACUCACUGCCAAAGGCGUCAGCAACCCGUUACCGUCUUCAUCCUUGCCAAUGAAACGUCUCCAGAUUGCUCAUCUGGAAUUAUUGUCACACAUGGAAGGGUGGACCGUGUCAACGUGCCUGAACUGGCUGAAGUCGGAGACAGCGCGCGCAUACAAGGACGCUGACGCAUUUCGCCAACAACUGAUCCAAGCGAUGGGGAACCUUUCGUCCGUCAUGCCACCUGACAUCAACUCGGCAUCUAGAUUCUCGGCACGCCCUCUUAUUGCUCCGUGUCGCCCUUCAAGCCAUUCGGACGGAAACAAUUGCAUCAUUCUUCCAUUCUGCGUUGUCGGCACGCUGGACACCCAAAUCUCCAACCCGGACUUUACCUUCACGCCUCUGCGUCUCUUCAGGGUGCAGCAGCAAGUGAACGAUGGUUUCACAGGAGGCGACGGAUUCGCAAAAGAGCUGAGUCAAGAGCUCUACUAUUCCAACGCCCGCUCCAGUUCAACCACCGACUCCGAAAUCGCAACCUCCGUUCGUGCUCCUCGUCGCUUCUGGCCGUCCCGCAAACAGCCCAGCGAUAAAAUGAGCGCAACGUCCCAGGAGACUCUUGCGGAGCAUUCGCCAUUCGGAGAAAUCACUGUUCGCAAGGAAGUGAAAGUGGACAUCGCGAAACUGGCAGAAUUGUCAACCCAGCCCACACUGGGUCGGCAUGCCUCACAAACAACCGUAUUGGCUGGCGACUCGGCCUCGGGCACAUAUGUGGACGAUCUCUACCAUCUUUGCUACUCCCCUAACAUACGGCUGAGGCCAGAUACAUUCCAACACAACGCGACAGUUGGCUGAGAUACAGGGUCCAGUCAGCCGCAAGCGACUUUGAACUCAAUCUUUCGAAUGAGCACAGGCAUACUGGCUCGUCACUCACGUCGAGAACAAUUCUGCCCCUGAUCUGUCGCCCAAACGGGCACCGACGCCAUCACUAGCGCUUCGCCACGCCCUCACCCAACGCGAAACCACAUAGUCGACGCUCAUCCGUACGGACCCGUCCACUAGUAGUGGAUGAGGGCAUGAAUCUCGAGCAUGGCUCAGAUGACGAAGAUUUCGAGGGUAUACCUCAGCAGUCCGAGGGGCCAUUCUAUUCGUAUGCAUAUAUAUAUCGAGUCAUCGGCAGAUACAUAGAUAUCUCUCCUGCAAUCUCGCCAGAAUUGAUGGAUGAUGGGGCCCUUCACUUUUCCUUUGUUCUGUACAUAAUGAUACCUCAAAGGCAACCGGUACAAACCUGCAUGUAUAUACAGUAUGGAUUAUGUUUCAUUCUCAAUGAUAUCGAAUCUUCAUAUGUAAG